AUGGGCACCUUUGCUGCCGCACUGCUGCAAACUCCUACAAGGUGUCUACAUGAUUUGCGCCGUGCUCAGCGAGCAUACCACUGCAAGGAGCAUGACGAGUGGGAGGUUCUGGCAGAUGAUCCGAACUGGCCUGGAGAGGAUGCGCAGCAGCUCCGAGUGUUGGGUCAGGUUUGUGGGCAUCAUGACGUUCCCAAUGUAAAGCUUGUGAUGAACCUCGCGUUUCGUGGCACGGUAAGCCAAGAGAAUUUGGCGACAAACUUGCUGGCGGAGUUGGUGCCAUGUGCUUUGGGAUCAGGCUCAACGCAGUUUUGGCAGAUUUGUCAAUCGCUCCCAGCGAAGUGCUGCUUCGAGCCACUGGACACAGCCUCGGGGGUGCACUGGCUAUGUUGGCCUGCUUCGAUUUGGCGACGUGUCGCGGGCUUGAAGCAGAGUGCUGCACCUGGGGAUCCCCUCGCGUGGGAGAUGCCAACUUUGCAGCUCUCUAUAUUGCAGCUGUACCGAAGACGGCCAGAUUUGUGA